CGCUUUGAAAGGGAUCCCAGCGCUCGUCUUGAUUGGCCUCGCAGGGCGAUCCCACCGUUCAAGGAGAAGUGCACUAAUGGCAAACCCCAAACGAGACACUAUGGGACACAGAAACAGAGGAGCACAAAAACAGAGGGGAAAAGAGGAAGGCACACAGUGAGAGAGUAAAAGGAGCCACCCUCGUUUUUUACCUUUAAGAUUGGAGCUGAAGAACAAAAGGGAGACGGGAGAUUUAGAUCGAGAAACGAUGAGACAAAGAUAGGAGAGUGGUAGUAGAGUGAAGGUCUCAUAUGUGCCAGCGUGUCCUGAGCAGACAUGAAUAAUCGGUCCAUAGCAUGGUGGCUAAAACAGAUAGGCCUGCCACAGUACACCAAGACACUAGAGAGUGAAUAUUAUGGUCUGGAGGGCUUGCUGACUGUGACUGAUGAAGAGCUGAAGGAGGCUGGGGUGGAGGACCCAGCACACAGAGCCACCAUUCUCAGUCAGCUCCUCAGACACAAGCCCAUCCUGGACCCCUACUCCGGCAGUGGCCCAAAGCUUCGAGUCUCACGGAAGUAUUCCUUGGGGUCGUCUAUGGACCUGGUGAGGAGCAAGAAGGAUCUUUUCCGCCACAGUGUUCUGCCCCGGCUCCAGCGUGCGGUCUCCAACGACGUCUCCGCCUCCUGUUCCCAACUCCAUCCCCUGACGGAGGACCAGAGGACGGAAGACGCAGAGCUCUCUCAGGAGAGCAAACAAAGUAAGAGGAGGAGUGUCAGUGCAUACUUCAGUCAGCUGAAGCUGUUUGGCGGUCGUAGAGAGAUGGACGCCCUGAAGAAGGAGAUGGAGGAGGAGCUCAAGACGAGCACCGAGGACCUGAGGAGCCACGCCUGGUACCAUGGACCCGUGAGCAGAGAGGGGGCUGAGGCACUGCUGGAGAGGGAUGGAGACUUCCUUGUGCGGGACUCCAGCUCGGGCCCCGGGGACUACGUCCUCAGCUGCUACUGGAGAGAUGAACCCAUGCACUUUAAGAUCAUACGAGUGGUCUUACGGCCCAAGAAGGGCUACUCCCGGGAGCUCUUCCAGUUCGAGGAGGACCGCUUCGACAACGUCCCUGCUCUGGUACUCUUCUACGUGGGCGGGCGCCGGCCCAUCUCCCAGGCCUCGGGCGCCAUCGUCUUUCACCCAAUCACACGGACCCUCCCUAUCCGUGUCAUCAGCGAGCGCCAGGCAGAGCGGGCAGAGCGGGCAGGUGGCGGCGGCGGCGGCCACAUUAUGGCCGGAGGAGGAGGUGGUGUGGCGAGAGCGCGGACGCCACUGGAUCGCUGCAAGAGGCGGAGCUUAAGCUACGCAGCCGCCGACAUGCUGCACCUCAACAACCCGCUGCUCAGAAGUGGGAGUCAGCCGGCGAACCUGCAGAACCUGGGACGGAGGCCUUCAAUGCAAUCUGCCCAAUCUGACAGCAACCUGAGAAAUGGCGUUCCUCAAAACGGUAAAUCAGAGAAAGAAGGCCCCGCCCCCAUCUCCCCAGUGUUCCGUACCGGUAGCGAACCCAUGCUGAGCCCGAACACGCAAAGGUCACGCCCCUCUCUACCAGGUGGAGGAGUGACCCUACGGGGGUCAGACGGGCAGCUUCACCCCCGUGCUCCUCCUAAACCCCUCAGGGUGUCAGUGGUGUUCCCCAAUGCUGUGCUCCCUUCCUCCUACGUCGCCCACGAUGACCCCUCGUCCUUCUACGACGAACUCGUGGUUCAGGUGCCACCACCCAAAAACAAGAAGGGCCACGUGGACCGCCUGCGGGCCGAGGAGAAGUGGCAGAGCCGGGCCCGUCUGACGGAGACCUCCUUCAGCAUCCUGGAGCCCCAGGACGAGGGCGCCGCGUCCCACUCGCACCAGAACCACGGGACGGACGGAGUGGAGGACUGGCAUUUUGAGCGUCCAAAUGUGGAUCCCGGCUCAUGUUUCCAGUUGGACCGGUUUGAGUCGACGCUGUUGCCUGAGAACAACCGCCCCCUGGAGCCCAGCGUGCUGCUGGCGCUCAAGGAGCUCUUUGUACGCGCCGACGCCAGAACCACCUCUCUGCACAUGCUCAGUGUGGACUGUCAGGUUGCGCGCAUCGCCGGGGUGUCCGACGAGCAGCAGAGGAGGAUGGGCGUCGAGUCAGGGCUGGAGCUCGUCACCCUGCCCCAUGGACACCAGCUGAGACAGGACCUCUUGGAACGGCACCACCUGAUCGCGCUGGGCGUAGCGGUGGACGUCCUGGGCUGCACGGGGUCGGUGGGCCAGAGAGCAGCUGUCCUGCACAAAGUCAUCUCGCUGGCCCAGGCCCUGAAGGAGCACGCGCACAAUCUGUACUCCUUCUCGGCGGUCAUGAAGGCCCUGGAGAUGCCCCAGGUGGUGCGGCUCGAGAUGACAUGGCGCGCACUGAGGCGGAGCUUCACGGAGAGCGCCGUGUUGUUUGAGAAGAAACUCAAGCCCUUCAUGAAGUCCCUGAGCGAGGGGGACGACACGGUGGUGCAGGGUCCGGUCGCGGUGCCCCACCUGGUGCCCCUGCUGAUGGCCAUGGAGGGCCAGGACCCGGGGGAGGACAGCGAACGCGGCUGCCAACUCCUCUACGACAUGCUGCAAGCGGCCCGCAACGCGGCGCUCAACGCUCCGGUCUACCAGCGCCACGCCCACUCCCUGCUCACAGCAGGGGACUGGGAGGCGGUGCCGGAGUUACUGGAGGCCUUCCGGACCGAGUUCGCCCUGCGGCUCUUCUGGGGGCAGGCGGGAGCGGAGGCCGAGAGGCAGGAGCGCUACGACAAGUUUGACACGAUCCUGGGCGUGCUCUCGGACAAGCUGGAGCCGGAGGAGAUGACCCCCGUGCAGCACCAUUGACCACGCCGCCCAUGGCCGCGCAAAGACUGACGUGCGAUACGCACUUUUUUGCUCAGGGGUUUGCGGCGUCGUUCCAGCUGACCUUUGCCCUUUUGUGUUUUUAAGGCCAACACAGGGAGCCGACCUUUGAACUCUUUUUAUCAUUAUCGAUUUUUAUCGUUAGGUGUGAACGCACCAAACUUGCACAGCGACAGUUUAUGAUUUGUCGCGCGACAAAUGUGUCUUUUGGUGCGAACGCAGCUUUAGGUGGAGGCCGUGUUGGGGAGAUGUUUUUGUUUACUUUUUGUAACCGGUUGAGCGAGUGCAAUCGACCUUUUCCUGCUGUAAUGUAUAUUGUACACACCACAAGCACAAUUAAUGUGGUGUGGUUGUAUGGAGAUCCCAAAGGAAUGUUUAUUAGGAGGUAGACCACAUUUCAAGUGACUUGGUUUCUGGAUGGACCUCUUCUGACUGCUGGUUUAGAGGCUUUAUGUUUAGAGUUUUUAAUCUUUAUCAAUAAGCAUGUUAUAGUCAGCUUCUGCUUUAACCCCCCCCCCCUCUCCCUCCUCCCAAUAAACUGAGUUUAGAGAGCCCUCCUGACUAUAAAAAGAUAUACACUGGAUUUUUAUAUUUUCCCCAAAUUGUUUAUAAAUGCAAUAAAACUUUCUACCAGGUUUUUUAUGACACUGUACCAGCUUUUUGCAUGAAUAAGUCAUAGCAUCGAAUUUAAAUGAAAACAAAAUUGUUAUAUAUUUUUUCGCUUAAGAUUUAAUGAUACACUGUAUGCACAGUAAAUACAUGGCUUAUUCAUAUGUAUAAGUGAAUAAUAAACUCAAAAUAAUGAGAAGUCCACUAUUCCAGUAAUAGGAAAACAAGAGAAAAGAUAACAUGUAAACAUUAAGUGAUUUGUCACUUAAUGUGAGGUUGUGAGGUGUGAGGUUCAUAAAUACUCCUAUAAAGUCAAAAGGUGCUAUGGUAUAAGGAACGGCCUCUUUUUCUACAAUAAAGAUGGAGUUGUAAUUAGCGAGUCUCAAAGAUGCAUUUUCAUUCCAUGAAAGAACCGCAAUGCAACCAAAAUAUUUUAAGAGCAGGAUGAACAGAUUCAGAAAUCGUGAAACAGCUGAAGAGACGACCAUAGUUAUAUUUAAAGACAAAGAGGUAAAGGCCAGACUUAUGACGGCCCAAGCGUGAAUUACAGCUGGCCAACCAUGUUAAAACCUUGCAAAUGAAAUCCCGACAAACUAGCAGACGGAUCUAAAUGAUAAAGGUGAGGGCGUUUGAUCAGAUGAGAAAAUAAUCAAGGGGUAGACUUCCAUCCUGUACAUCCUUGUUCUGGGGAUUCGUAAAUCCACAGAUUAAAUGCCACAACAUCGGGUAACAUCAACCUUGGCUUUUGACGUAUAAAGUGUCGGCUUACUAUUCCUCCAAACA